UCAAUGUACAAUGCUAUGCCUAUUGCAAAGCAUUGUGCAGUGUGAUGUGGCAGGAGGCAGGUAAGGGGACCCUCUUCUGCCAUUUUAGCUGAUCGGACCGAAGAGCCAACUGAACUAGCCAGAAUGUACGAUUUAAUUAUUUGAUCCCGGAGUCACUAGUGUUGAGUGUCUGGUGCUCAUAGUAGCUGACACUCGACACUAUAAAAUGAGUGCAGCUCCUGUGCUCGCUUCAAAGUCACUUAACGCUGUAGGGCGUACAUUUAUGCUAGGUUGGAGAUUCCAUAGAUAUUCUCGUUGUAAUGACUCUGUAAAUUAACCUAUGUGGUAUUGGAAAUACAUAAUAUUUCCCAUAGUCUUCCAUUUGCUCAAUUGCUCCCUUUGCUUUCUUUCAGGUGGGCCUAGCAUCAGUCCCCGGCCGAAACAACUACGUCGCCAUCAAAGGUAUCACCAAAACAGCGGACAAUGCAGCAAUCCUACAGAGAGAGCGACGGAUACUCAUGCUGGCCCGAGACUGCCCGUUCCUGUGUCACCUGUAUGCUGCACAGCAGUCUCAGGACCAUGCCUUCUUCAUCACCGAGUACCUGUCCGGCGGCAGCUUGGAGGCUUUACUCACAAUGUGCAGCAGUCUAAACAUCGAAAUAGUAAGAUUCUACACAGCAGAGAUUGCAUGUGGCCUCCAUUUCCUUCACAGACAGAACGUCGUCCACCGAGAUAUCAAGCCAGAUAACAUCAUGCUGGAUCGAGAUGGACACAUCUGCAUCAUAGACCUCGGACUUGCCCAAGAUGGCGUCACCUCCUCCAACAAGAUCCAAGGAGUGACGGGCACAUUACUUUACAUGGCCCCAGAGGUGCUCCAGAGGAAGAGUUACCAUGCAGCGGUUGACUGGUGGAGCCUGGGGAUUGUUGUAUCCCGGAUGUCAGCAGGACGUUCCCCAUUCUACUUUGGCUGCAACAGAGAAAUGGCUCACGAUUCCAUCACCAGAGAGAAGCCUAAUAUUCCAUCUUGGCUCCCUGCUGACCUGAAACAUCUGAUCCAACAACUGCUGCACAAGAAUCCUGAGAAGCGGCUGGGUGUGAACAGGAACAUCAGAGACCAUCCAUUCUUCACCACCAUCAACUGGGAGGAACUGGAGCAGAAGAGAGCACAGCCGCCAUUUACACCAUUCGAGGCAGCUCUGAAGAAGGGAGACCUGCGGUGGUCAGAGGUAGAGACAGCUCUUCACCCCUUGGAAGGAUUCUCUUUCAUAGCUCCAAGCUGGGAAUGGUAAGAUCAGCCCAUGGCCCAGAGCUCUGUACCAUCUGAGUGCUGCACCCAGGAGCGGCCUGUGCUUGUAACACCUCAGCACAGGCCGGUAAGUAUCACACAUCAUCACACA